AUGACAAACGACAGGAGGAUCUUCCGUGUUCAGUAUGAAAAGGAACAAGAAAUGCUCAAUAAUAAAGCUCUUCUUGGAGAUGAAAAAGCAAAGAUGGGGUUAUCCUUCAUGUACGACGCUCCAGCAGGAAUGACCAAGAGAGAAGAGCCAAAGGAAGAGCCAAAAUUCGAAUGGCAACGGAAGUAUCAUGCACCUCGUGAGGAGUGGGCCAAAGACAACGAUCAGAUUCAAGAUCAACCAUUUGGUAUACAGGUGAGGAAUGUGCGUUGUUGUAAGUGCCACAAAUGGGGUCACUUGAAUACCGACAACGAAUGUCCUCUUUAUGGAAUGAGUGGAAAUUUCGAAGAUGCUGGAUUAGCCUGUUGGUAG